AUGCUGCUGGUGGUCGGCUACGCCUACUGGGCCUGGCGAGGAUAUCGACAAGCGAUGCGUGACGCGCUGAUGCGGCGACACGAGCGCGAUGUGGAGCGGGGCGAGCACGUAGAUCAAAACAACUACUGGCGUCGAACGGACCCUCGCAGCCCGCCGUCAGCAAUCGCAGCAGUACCAGUGGCGCUCCAAGCAUCAUAUAUUAAAACCACAGAGGUGACCUACACGAACGGGGCGAAGACCAAUCUGUAA